UUGGAUUACACUCAUUUCUUUCUUCUUCUUAGGUUUAUGACACAUGAACCAGUCAGCAACACACAAUGUGACUGAGUUUGUUCUCCUCGGAUUCCGUGGUUGCUGGGAGGUACAGAUUUUCCUCUUCUCAUUGCUUCUGGUGGUUUAUGUCUUGACCCUACUGGGGAAUGCAGCCAUCAUCUGUGCAGUGAGAUGGGACCCACGACUCCACACCCCCAUGUACUUUCUACUUGGAAAUUUUGCCUUCCUUGAGAUCUGGUAUGUUUCCUCCACUGUUCCCAACAUGCUAGCCAACAUUCUCUCCAAGACCAAGACCAUCUCAUUUUCUGGUUGCUUCCUCCAGUUCUAUUUCUUCUUUUCCCUGGGCACUACUGAAUGUCUCUUCCUGGCAAUAAUGGCUUAUGAUCGGUACCUGGCCAUCUGCCGCCCACUGCACUACCCCACCAUCAUGACUGGGAGACUCUGUGGAAUGCUGGUGUCUCUCUGCUGGGUCACUGGGUUCCUUGGCUACCCAAUUCCAAUUUUCUUUAUCUCCCAACUUCCCUUCUGUGGUCCCAAUAUCAUCGAUCACUUCCUGUGUGACAUGGACCCACUCAUGGCUCUGGCCUGCGCCCCAGCCCCUAUUGCUGAAUUUAUUUUCUAUACUCAGAGCUCCCUCGUCCUCUUUUUCACUGUCAUGUAUAUUCUUCGAUCCUAUACUCUGCUGCUCAGAGCUGUUCUUCAGGUCCCCUCUGCAGUUGGCCGGCGAAAGGCCUUCUCCACAUGUGGUUCUCAUUUAGUUGUGGUGUGUCUUUUCUAUGGGACAGUCAUGGUAAUGUAUGUGAGUCCUACAUGUGGCAUCCCGACUUUGAUGCAGAAGAUUCUCACACUAAUGUAUUCAGUAAUGACUCCUCUCUUUAAUCCCCUGAUCUACAGUCUUCGUAAUAAGGACAUGAAAUUUGCCCUGAGAAAUGUCCUGUGUAGAAUGAGAAUAAGUCAAAAUUCGUAAGUCAAAGAUGUGCAUACUUCCAAGUUUUAGUGAA